CCUCUCAGAGCGAGGCUGCCUGUGCAUUGGAAGCCGGCAGCACGUAGCGCUCCCUUCACGUUGGAGGCUGGACGCCGACGGCAGCGGAGCUCAGAGAGGGUUCGCCGGCUACGGCACUGGGAAUGUUUGCAAGUUUGGGAAUUUAUGUAUGGAUGCAAGGAUAUCUGACAUAAGGACGUGAUUCUGUCACUAGCAACCGGAAUGUUGACAGCUCUUCUAGGGUCAUAUGAGUCAGUGUGGAGGCUGUUCCCGGGGGCUUUCAACCGCGCUGCCGCAGAUGUCAUAGAUGACAACUCCACACAGAGAGAGGAGGACGUUGGAUCAUUGAGCGCCCCACCCAAAUUUUUUUCUUUGAUAACCGCUAACAUAGGCUAGUAAGAAAAGAGCAAGUGGAAAAAGAGGUUUGUCGGGCGACGACUUUCAGAAGCGACGCAAUCAUGCGACUAUUCUGGGGGUCUCCAUACCUCAGCCUGCGAUUUUUGGUCAUGGGGACUCUGGUUACACUGGUGCUGUCCCAAGUUGCAUCAACAUCAUUUAAAACCUUCUCACCCCCUGAGCUGGGCCUGACGAACAUGGUGAUCCACAACAAGACAGGGGAGGUCUACGUUGGGGCGGUCAACUGGAUCUUCAAGCUGUCCAGCAACCUGACCAAGCUUCGCAGCCACAUGACGGGGCCGGUGGUGGACAAUGAAAAGUGCUACCCACCACCCAGCGUGCAGUCCUGCCCACACGAGCUGGCGCAAACCAGCAAUGUGAACAAGCUGCUGCUAGUGGACUAUGCUCAGAAUCGCCUCAUUGCCUGCGGGAGUACCUCCCAGGGAAUCUGCCAGUUCCUGCGGCUCGAUGACCUGUUCAAGCUAGGCGAGCCACACCACCGUAAGGAACAUUACCUCUCCAGCGUGAAAGAGUCAGGCACCAUGUCAGGAGUCAUUAUCGAGGGCCACGGAGGGCUCAACGGCAUGCUCUUUAUUGGCACGCCCAUUGACGGCAAGUCCGAGUACUUCCCCACCCUCUCUAGCCGCAAGUUAAUGGUCAACGAGGAGGACGCCGACAUGUUCAGUUUCGUCUAUCAGGAUGAGUUUGUUUCCUCGCAGGUGAAGAUCCCUUCGGACACACUGUCAAAGUUCCCAGCUUUUGACAUCUACUACAUCUACAGCUUCAGCAGCGAGCAGUUUGUCUACUAUCUCACGCUGCAGCUAGACACCCAGCUUACGUCCGCCGAUGCCAGCGGUGAGCAGUUCUUUACCUCCAAGAUCGUCCGGCUUUGCGUGGAUGAUCCUCGGUUCUACUCCUACGUGGAGUUCCCCAUUGGGUGCACGAAAGAUGGCGUUGAGUACCGGCUGAUCCAGGAUGCCUAUCUUGGACGACCAGGCAAACAGCUCGCCACUUCUCUGAGUGUGUCAGAGGAUGAGGACGUCCUGUUCACGGUCUUUUCGCAAGGUCAGAAGAACCGGGCCAAGCCACCCAGGGAGUCUGUACUCUGCCUCUUCACCCUGCGCCGCAUCAAGGAGAAGAUCAAGGAGCGCAUCCAGUCUUGCUACAAAGGCGAGGGCAAGCUGUCUCUUCCCUGGCUUCUCAACAAAGAGCUGUCCUGCAUCAACUCGCCCUUGCGCAUCGACGACAACUUCUGCGGGCAUGACUUCAACCAGCCCCUGGGGGGCACCACCACCAUCGAGGGCAUCCCCCUCUUCGUAGACCGGGAGGAAGGCAUGAGUUCGGUGGCAGCCUACAAUUACCGUGGCAACACUGUGGUCUUUGCCGGCACACGUGGCGGGAGGAUGAGGAAGAUCCUGGUGAACUCCGUAGGCCAGCCAGCCCUGCCGUACGAGAACGUGCCAGUCAGCGACAGCGUCCUGCGUGACUUGCUCUUCAGCCCAGACCAGGAGUACGUCUACACCCUCACCGAGAAGCAGGUGAGCCGGGUGCCGGUGGAGAGCUGCGAGCAGUACACCAGCUGCGCCGAGUGCCUGGGCUCUAAGGACCCCCACUGCGGCUGGUGCGUCCUGCACAACAUGUGCUCCCGGAAAGACCGCUGCGAGAGGGCCAGGGAAGCACAGCGCUUUGCCUCCAAUCCGACGCAGUGUGUGCAACUCAGCGUGCAGCCUGGGAAUGUGUCUGUCACCAUGUCUGAGGUCCAGCUGGUGCUGCACGCUCACAAUGUUCCGGACCUUUCCGCCGGCGUUAACUGCUCCUUCGACGACUUCAUAGAGAGUGAGGGCCGCAUCGAGGACGGGCUCAUCUACUGCCUGUCCCCAGCCGCCCGUGACGUGGCGCCCAUCACCCGCGGCCAGGGGGACCAGAGGGUGGUGAAGCUCUACCUGAAGUCCAAGGAGACAGGGAAGAAGUUUGCCAGCGUGGAUUUUGUUUUCUACAACUGCAGUGUCCACCAGUCGUGCCUGUCGUGCGUGAACGGCUCCUUUCCCUGCCACUGGUGCAAGUAUCGGCAUGUGUGCACCCAGAACGCCAAUGACUGCUCCUUCCAGGAAGGCCGCGUCAACAACUCUGAGGACUGUCCUCAGAUCCUGCCAUCUACAGAGAUCUAUAUACCCGUGGGGGUCACUAAGCCCAUCACUCUGUCGGCCCGCAACCUGCCACAGCCGCAGUCUGGUCAGCGAAACUACGAGUGCAUCUUCCGCAUCCAAGGAGCAGUUCACAGUGUCACCGCCCUGCGCUUCAACAGCACCAGCAUCCAGUGCCAGAAGACCACGUAUGACUAUGAGGGCAAUGACAUCAGCGACCUGCCAGUGGACCUGUCUGUGGUGUGGAACGGCAACUUCGUCAUCGACAACCCCUACAACAUCCAAGCUCAUCUGUACAAGUGCUACGCACAGCGAGACAGCUGCGGCAUGUGCCUGAAGGCCGACCCGCGCUUCGAGUGCGGAUGGUGCGUCCAGGAGAAGAAGUGCUCCCUGCGGCAGGAGUGCGGCGCCCCAGAGGCCAGCUGGAUGCAUGCCGCCACCGGCAAUAGCCGCUGCGCUCACCCCAAGAUUACCAAGCUUUUCCCGGAGACGGGACCGCGACAGGGAGGAACCCGGCUGACCAUCACGGGGGAGAACCUUGGCCUGCACUUUCGGGACAUCCAGACCGGGGUCCGGCUUGGCAAGGUGCUCUGCCAUCCCAUAGAGGAGGAGUACAUCAGCGCUGAGCAGAUAGUGUGUGAGCUGACGGACGCCACGGGUUACCGGGUCCAGGACGCCCCGGUGGAGGUGUGCGUGCGGGACUGUCAGCCCGAGUACCGCACCCUGUCCCACAAGGCCUUCACCUUCGUGACACCCUUCUUCACCCGCGUGCAGCCCUCCCACGGGCCGCUGUCCGGGGGCACCAGGAUCACCAUCGAGGGCAACCACCUCAACGCUGGUAGUGCAGUGUCAGUCAAAAUCGGCCUGCACCCGUGCCGCUUCGAGAGGAGGAGAGCCAAGGAGAUCGUGUGCGUGACUCCAGCUGGCCAGAGUCCUGGUGCCGCUCCGGUCAUGGUGGACAUCAACUGGGCCGAACUGCGGAACCCAGAGGUCAAAUUCAACUACACCGAGGACCCCACCAUUCUCAGAAUCGACCCUGACUGGAGCAUCGCUAGUGGCGGAACACCGUUGACCAUCAGCGGCACCAAUCUGGCCACGAUCAAGGAGCCCAAGAUGCAGGCAAAGCACGGUUCUGCCAAGUCAGUCCAUAACUGCACAGUCUACAACAACACGAUGAUGGUGUGCCUGGCCCCGUCAGUGGCGAACUCGGAGAUGAGCAUCUCGGAGCUGGGAACCGGGCCGGACGAGAUUGGCUUCAUCAUGGACAACGUGCAGUCCGUGCUGGUGGUCAACGAGACAUUCAGCUACUACCCAGACCCCGUCUUCGAGCCCUUGAGCCCAACUGGGGUCCUGGAGCUGAAACCCAGCUCCCCACUAAUCCUGAAGGGCCGGAACCUGAUUCCAUCAGCACCAGGGAACUCGAAGCUGAACUACACGGUGCUUAUCGGCGAGACGCCCUGCGUGCUGACCCUCUCGGAGACGCAGCUGCUGUGCGAGUGGCCCAACCUGACGGGCCAGCACAAAGUCACGGUCCGGGUGGGCGGGUUCGAGUACUCGCCGGGCACGCUGCAGAUCUACUCGGACAGCCUGCUGACGCUGCCUGCCAUCAUCGGCAUCGGCGGUGGCGGCGGCCUGCUGCUGCUGGUGAUCAUCGCCGUGCUCAUCGCCUACAAGCGCAAGUCGCGCGACGCCGACCGCACGCUGAAGCGCCUGCAGCUGCAGAUGGACAACCUGGAGUCCCGGGUGGCGCUAGAGUGCAAGGAAGCAUUUGCCGAGCUGCAGACGGACAUCCACGAGCUGACCCAGGAGCUGGAUGGGGCCGGCAUCCCCUUCCUGGACUACCGGACCUAUGCCAUGCGGGUCCUGUUUCCUGGCAUCGAGGACCACCCUGUGCUGAAAGAGAUGGAGGUGCAGGCCAACGUGGAGAAGGCCCUCACCCUGUUCGGGCAGCUCCUCAACAAGAAGCACUUCCUGCUGACCUUCAUCCGCACGCUGGAGGCGCAGCGCUCCUUCUCCAUGCGCGACCGCGGCAACGUGGCCUCGCUGAUCAUGACCGCCCUGCAGGGGGAGAUGGAGUACGCCACGGGGGUCCUCAAGCAGCUGCUCUCCGACCUCAUCGACAAGAACCUGGAGAGCAAGAACCACCCCAAGCUGCUCCUUCGCCGGACGGAGUCCGUGGCGGAGAAGAUGCUGACGAAUUGGUUCACCUUCCUGCUCUACAAGUUCCUGAAGGAGUGUGCCGGCGAGCCCUUGUUCAUGCUUUACUGCGCCAUGAAGCAGCAGAUGGAGAAGGGUCCCAUCGAUGCCAUCACCGGCGAGGCGCGCUACUCCCUGAGCGAGGACAAGCUCAUCCGGCAGCAGAUCGACUACAAGACCCUGACACUGCACUGCGUGAACCCCGAGAAUGAAAACGCCCCAGAGGUGACUGUGAAGGGCCUGAAUUGCGACACCAUCACCCAGGUGAAGGAGAAGCUUCUGGAUGCUGUGUACAAAGGAACCCCUUAUUCCCAGAGGCCCAAGGCUAGCGACAUGGACCUGGAAUGGCGUCAGGGUAGGAUGGCCCGAAUCAUCCUUCAGGACGAAGAUGUCACCACCAAGAUCGAUAAUGACUGGAAGCGCCUAAACACACUUGCACAUUACCAGGUGACGGAUGGCUCAGUGAUUGCCCUUGUGCCCAAACAGAACUCUGCCUACAACAUCUCAAAUUCGUCGACGUUUACGAAAUCCCUCAGCAGAUACGAGAGCAUGCUCCGGACAGCCAGCAGCCCCGACAGCCUGCGCUCCCGCACGCCCAUGAUCACGCCCGACCUGGAGAGCGGCACCAAGCUAUGGCACCUGGUGAAGAACCACGACCACGCCGACCAGCGGGAGGGUGACCGCGGCAGCAAGAUGGUAUCUGAGAUCUACCUGACCCGUCUGCUGGCCACCAAGGGCACACUGCAGAAGUUCGUGGACGACCUGUUUGAGACCAUCUUCAGCACGGCUCACCGCGGCAGCGCCCUGCCACUCGCCAUCAAGUACAUGUUUGACUUCCUGGACGAGCAGGCCGACAAGCACCAGAUCUCGGACCCCGACGUGCGCCACACCUGGAAGAGCAACUGCCUGCCGCUGCGUUUCUGGGUGAACGUGAUCAAGAAUCCGCAGUUCGUCUUCGACAUCCACAAGAACAGCAUCACAGACGCCUGUCUCUCCGUGGUGGCCCAGACCUUCAUGGACUCCUGCUCCACCUCCGAGCACAAGCUGGGCAAGGACUCGCCCUCCAACAAGCUGCUCUACGCGAAAGACAUCCCCAACUACAAGAACUGGGUGGAAAGGUACUACUCGGACAUUUCGCGGAUGCCGGCGAUCAGCGACCAGGACAUGAGCGCGUACCUGGCGGAGCAGUCCCGCCUCCACCUCAACCAGUUCAACAGCAUGAGCGCCCUGCACGAGAUCUACUCCUACAUCGUCAAGUACAAGGACGAGAUCCUCUCAGCGCUGGAGAAGGAUGAGCCCCGGAGGCAGAGGCUCCGCAGCAGGCUGGAGCAGGUCAUCGACACCAUGGCGCUGGCCAGCUGAGGACCGUUAACGGCGUGGGUUCUGAAACCCGACAGACUUUGGGACUGCGAGGACAGAAGCAGUGCACCGGAGAACCCGUGGAGCUGGGCCCCCGGGGGUCGGUCUCGGUUCAUGCAAAAGUCACACCAUGGAACGUGUUCGGUUGUUGUUAUUGUGGUUUUAUUUUUGAUUCCCCCCCCAUGUUUGUCUGUGUAUUAAAUCAUGUCCUACACAGACGGGACGGAAUAAGCUGUGUUGGUCUUCGAGCCAUGAAGGAGGAACGAAAAGUGCUGUAGGUUUAGGGAAAUGUUCUUUUGGAGAGGACCUUGUGGGCCGCAUGACACCAUGUGACAGACCUUGAACUGGACAUCUGUCUUCUGGGAUUAUUUUAUUAGUAAACCUUUGUGUGUGUGUGUGUGUGUGUGUGUGUGUGUGUGUGUGUGUGUGUGUGUGUGUGUGUGUGUGU